AUGGAUGAGAUAGAUACGAAGCAAGAUUUCAUUCAGGGUGAAGAAAUUACCAUGAUACAUAAAGCUAUAUCAGAUAUAACGGCAGGAAAGUUAAUUGAUAGUGAAUUUUCGGUAGAAUUCAAUAACCUAAUGAACAAAUUAUCAUCUGAUGAUCUUUUUCAAUAUGUUAAAGUAUUGAAUGGGGACGAAAUCUCGAUACUUAUUGGAAAAUGCUCAAAUUUUGAUUAUAUUCCUUUAACUGCAAAGAUUUUGUCAUGCAUUUCUUCUAAUUUUAAUGAAGUUUCAGACAUCAUUCUUAAAUUGGAUUUUCUGCAGUUCUUCAAUUACUGCGCAAGUGUAAUUAGCCAGCUUGAUGCUGGGACUCUUGAAAGAAUUAUGUUAAUCUUAGGGAACUUAUAUUUAAACUCUGAAUACUUUCGCAACAUUCUAUCUAAUUCUGCGAUAAUGAAUUUAUUCAUGACAUUUCAGACAGAUGACUAUGUUUUAAAAGAAACAUUUUAUUGGAUGAUUUCUGUAGUAUGUGGAUUUCCGAAUGGUAAUGCACAAGAACUUAUCAGUAUUGCAUGGCAGAUUUCUCAAGAUCCUAUUGAUGAAUUUUCCAAAAUUGGUUUUGAAUCGCUGUAUUCUGUUUCAAAAUGGUCUUCAUUAGUUCGCGUAGACUACGAAAAUGAUCCUUCAAAACGAGAAAUGCUUCUUAACAACUUAACUUCUGAUGACCAAGAGAUGAGAAAUAAUUGUGCUUUUUUAUUAGGAAAUGUAAUUGAUUCAGUAGAUCAGAACAUUUUAAACUCGAUUAUAGAAUGUAUUAAAAUAGAUCAAAGUGAUGCUGCUUCAAAAUGCUAUGAGAUUCUUGGAAGAAAUCUAAAUCAGGAAAUGUUAAAGAUUCUGAAAGAAAAUGGAGUGUUUGAAGUUGUAACUGAGUCCAGCUUUUCAGUUCAGCGAUCAUUUGUAGUGUUCCUAGCGAAAGCUUCCAAAGAUUUGAGAAUUUCAUUCAUUUUCGAUGAAAAUCUACUAAAUUUACUGCAACAGUUUGUGGAAUCAACAUCAAACUAUGAAUCAUUUUGUUCGUUCAUUGUUGUUGGCAAAUUAAUCGAUGAAAAUUAUCAAGUUGAUCUUUUGCAAGAAAUAUUGAAUGAUGGUUCAUCACUUCAAGAAUUAUUAAAUGAAUAUGAUAUACCUCCUGAUUUGGUAGAUAUGAAUUGCUAUAUAGAGCUUCUUCGACAAAAAAUUGAAAAUGAAGAAUAA